GAUAAACUUUAUUGAAAAUAUUUCUAAAAAAUUGAAAUAAUUACUAAAAUUAAAAACGAUAGAGUACGAAAGUGAGACGUAAAUCUUUAGUGCUAAACAAUAAACAACGAUCUUUAAAAAAAUAUUGUAUUGUAUGUAAAUGUGAAAAUAGAAUAAUUCUUGAACUCAUAUCCUUAAGUAAAAAACCAACCCAAAACCAAACGCUGUUAUUGUUAUGUAAAUGAGUGAACUAUAUAUGUUUAGAAGAAAAUUUAAUAUUAAAAUUUUACUGGCAAACAAUUAAUAUCGUCACAAUGACGGCGGAUGCGAUGGCAGGUCGUGGUAAUAUGAUGAUUUCUGGUGUGAUAACGACUGCAAAUCCCACUGGAGGCAGUCAUUCAGCUUUGUUGCAAAAGCAAAUGUCAUUUAAGACCUCGGUAGGUGCCAAUCAGUUGUCUAAGGCCGACGAUAUUGAAGUAAUUGAGAGCGGGAAUGUGGAUGGAAGCUCGACUCGGUAUGAUAAGAAUGCUACGUUGGGUUGGGUUUGCUGUGCACCUUGCAUAUGGUUGCGCACUUCAGCAACGGUUCACAAGAUUGCUAUCACAACGGCUACUUUAUUGGUGACAUCGUUGCUGGUAGCCUCACCGAUACUAUUUCUAAUUAGCACGGCACCGUCUCAGUUACCUAGGGAUUGUUAUGCCGAUGACGAAGACUGUAUGCCCACCACCGCACCACCGCCCGAAUGUAUAGAUCCUGUGUGUAAGAUUGCAGCCAGCAGUAUACAGGCCAAAAUCAAUUGGAAUUUCGAUCCUUGUAUCGAUUUUAAAAAUUUUAGCUGCUCAUCACCCUCUCAAUCCAAUGGCCUGGCUAGUUUACGAGCAAUACGCAGCGCUCAAGAAGCUGUAGACACUCAAAUGCAGCAAUUGCUACAGCAUAAUACGACGUCCGGACCAUUUCGAAAACUGGGUCGAUUAUUUGGUAGUUGCUUACGUCAAACUACAAAUUCAUCGACAAUACGUUUGGUUUUAGAGCAACUGGGUGGUUAUUUGCCUAUUGGAGCGUUGGGACCGUCAAGUAUUGCACCAUUAUUAUCGAACAUUUACGAAUUAGGACCCACACCAUUAGUAGAUAUUUAUUAUGAUUUAAGUUAUGGCAAAAAUCCACACGUUUUAUUGAUCAUCAGUGGACCGAGUGCUACGGCGCCGAUUUUGGAGAGUAAAAUACGCUGGAUGGGUCCAAAGGCACCUCCUUAUCGCCUUAAGCAAACCGUACCGAAAUUGCUGAACGAUUUACUCGAUAGCUUUUUACCGAAUGGCUUAACAGCAGAUCAGAAAGCUUCUGAAAAUGAAGCUAUCUCUACGUUUAUCAAGGAACUGAACAAGAUACGUGUUGAAUACACACGACGAGGAUUUUGGGAUAGUUCGGUUCUUUAUAAUACCUCUUCGUUACAAGAAAUCUAUCCCAUUUUGAACUGGACUACGCUAGUACCUAGCGAUUGGAGCGGUCCUAUUGUGGUAAGAAGUUCCGAUUACCUCAAAGCGAUUGGAGAAUUAUUGUCGAAAUACCCCACACGAGUAGCCCACAAUUCCAUGCUCUUACUAUUCGCAUUGGGCGUACUGCCCCAAGGGCAUCCAAACGCUGUUGUGUGCACACGGGCUACAAUGUGGGCUUUACCGGAUAUAACAUCGGCUUUAUUUAUUGCGCAGCAUUCGUCGGAUGACAUCAGCGACGUUAUAAGACGUACCGAUAUUAUAUUUAAAUCGUUGAAAGCUCAUUUGAAACGUGCACCUUCUCUAAAAGGAGCCGCUUUGGUUAAAUUAUCCGCAUUGAAAAUACAAUCUGAACCCUGGAGUGGUUUUUCAAAUAUAACAUUUAUGAUUAAAACGUUGGAAUCGCUCGAGAUCACCUCGGAUAAUUGGUUUGAAAAUAUUUUAAAAAUCUACCAAAGAAAUCGAAUUGUACCCGAUGUCAUACAUACCAAUUUUACCUCACAUGACGCUUGGGCUUAUCCUAUAGUUGCCAAAAUCUUCUAUGACACCCUUAGUCAUUCCAUCGUUGUACCCCUUUCCGUUAUAUUGGUGCCAUAUUUUGAUGGUCGCCUGCCUCCCUAUUUGCAGUAUGCUUCGGUCGGUGUCGCUAUAGCCAAAGAAAUCCUACGUUCGAUUACAAAAGCAUUCGAAGAUAAGGCUAUGCGUUGUGUACCGAAAUCGGUUAACAUCUUUUCGAAUUAUAGUCGCAUGGAUAUACUCAUACAUUCGGGUGGUAUGCAAAUAUCAUACCAUUCCAUGCUAUCGCUGACUGGUCCUAUCAAAGGAAUGGCACGUUUACCGGGUCUUAAUUUAACACCGACGCAAAUAUUUUUCCUUGUAUCCGCGCAAGAAUUAUGUGCUGAAUCGGAUUACACUGGCAUCGAUACAGACGCUCCCGAAUUUGAGCACAUCUUGGGUUGGUUAGUGGCUCAAGGAGGCAGUGCUACCGAGGUAUUUAAAUGUCCCUCGGGUUCAAUGAUAAACGCUCAAAAAACUUGUAAUGUCCUUUAAAUGCAACGCAUAAAACUUUCACCAGACGAUCCAAGAACGAUGUGUAUGUAUAUGAUGAUACUUGUGAAGGCAAAUUUGUAGGAAACUUUAUAUUUUAAAAUCUUUUAAAAUAGUUAAGAUUAAGAAAAUGGAUAAGAAUAUUAACUUAUAUAUGUUAACGUGAAGAGAAGCACGGUUCGGAUCUGUUAAUGUUUUAACAAAGUCAUAAUUAUUUAUCAUUAAUUGGUUGAUGAAUGAGUGAAUGUCUUUCGCGUCGACUUAACGACAAAUAUAUCUUGUAAAGAUAUAUAUAUAAAAAGUAUUAUUUUAUCAAAAAUUAACUAUAAGUGUUGAACGAAUUUCAUGUGAUAGACAAACUACUACGAAACUUUCUAUUUUAUGCUUUCAAUUAAUUACAUAUUUUAAGAUAUACUUAUACUUAUGUUUAAUAUUGCUGUUAAUUAAGUUUUGAAUUUUUAUUUUUAUUUUUUUUUCGGGUUUUUUAAUAUAAUACUUAUUAUGUUGAUUAAGUCU